AUGCUAGCUCUGCUCACCCGCCUUCUAUUUUCUAAGAUAGUAGCUAUGUUAUUUGCCAAAAUAAGUCUUAUCUUAUCAACAAAUAGUUGCUACUUAGACGUGUUGACUAACCCUGCACUCACUCCUCUCAUUGUUGGCAGCGACGUCUUCCCAGAACCUUCACCCAACGGCAGCCUCCACUUUAUCUACAGAGAACCAAUUUACAUAGCAUGUCCAGGUGGUGAAUUCACACCCACAGCUAUAGAUGUAAACGGACACUCUGUAUAUUGUAGAGAAGGUACAAUAGUCGACAUCAAAACAGGAGUCGCUGGAAACUUCAACAAGAUAACCUGUACUUUAAAUGACACAGCAAGACCUUAUCUCACUGAUAAAUUAAAUUCCGACAUAAUUUGUGAAGGUGGUACCGCUAUUGAGAUCGGUUAUACUCUCAACAAAAGUUUCUAUCGCGCACUGUUAGUAUGUUUUCAACUCGAACUUGGCAUUCCUUUGUAUACCAAAUAUCGUAUAAGCAAAUGGGCAAGGUCGGGCCAAAAUUAUGCGGAACCACCUCGGUACGUCUUCGAUUUGGGUUUAUUUUCUGAUGAUCCAGUGGCUGCGUACGAAAAUUAUGGAACUACUUUUGAAAAUUUGGGUCUGCAAAGGUACGUUGAUGGUGUUCACGACUUAACUAAAGGACAACUUGCUGCAUGCGAUGAAUUUUUAUAUUCGUUUCAAAGAGAUGCAACCUAUGAUUUAGCUAAUGUGGCGCCACGGUGGAACACGUUUGAUCCAGGCAACUGGCGGGUACUGGAAAAUGCGAUUGUUAAUUUACUGGAAAGUGGUGAUAUUGGAGACGCUACGGUACUAACGGGAACCCUCAAAGUAGCUACCUUAGAAAACGUGAAUGGUACGGAAGAAGAGCUUCGUUUGAAGGAAAGUGUUUUCUUUGGAUAUAAUAAUCCUUACGUUUCCAAAGAUAAUGUGGAUUCUGAAUUUUUGGGUGAAAUAUGUUAUACCAACUGA